AUGAGUGAUGCUGAGGUGGUAUGCAGACAGCUGGGGUGUGGCUGUGCUAUCAGUGCCCCUGGGUCAGCCUACUAUGGGGCAGGGACUGGGGAGAUUUGGAUGGAUGAUGUCAAAUGCUCUGGUACUGAACAGUCUCUGACCCAGUGCUCCUACAACAGCUAUCCUAACUGUAGCCAUGGUCAGGAUGCAGGGGUGGUCUGUUCCAUGGAAGGUCCCUCCAUCUCUCUCAUCUCCUCAUACUCAGCAGUCUCAGUUGGAGAAACUGUUCAGAUCAGAUGUUCUAGGAGUGCAAGCCGGUGCAAUGGCAACUUACUUCUGUACAGAAAUGGAGUCAAUGUGAAUUCAGAGGCUCUUAAUUCCUCCCAGAGCAGCGCUACGUUUACUCUGUCUAAUGUGGACUCCUCUCACCAGGGCAGUUACACAUGUGCCUACUCCUCCUCCUCUACUCAUAGCCAGUCCAUUAACAUCACUGUAGUUGUACUACAGAAGCCAAGUCUUUCACUUGAAACCAGCAAAGAGGUUUCUUGGGGUCAGUCUGUCCAGAUGAGGUGCUCCAUCUCCACACAGCACCUGGGUGGUACAUUCACCCUACAGCAGCUCUCUGGGUCAUUUACAGAGACAAAGAUCUCCACUGGAACCUCUCCUCACUGGAACCUCACCAUUCCUCAAGUGGACUUUAUCCAUGAAGGAGACUACUACUGCCAGUAUCAAACAAGGGUUUCCAGUCGUGAAUUCACAUCCCCUCAAAGUGCUACUGUCAGCCUCUCUGUAAUAGUUGUACUACAGAAGCCAAGUCUUUCACUGGAAACCAGCAAAGAGGUUUCUUGGGGUCAGUCUGCCCAGAUGAGGUGCUCCAUCUCCACACAGCACCUGGGUGGUACAUUCACCCUACAGCAGCUCUCUGGGUCAUUUACUGAGAAAAAGAUCUCCACUGGAGCCUCUGCCCUCUUCACCAUUCCUCAAGUGGACUUUAUCCAUGAAGGAGACUACUACUGCCAGUAUAAAACUAGGGUUUCCACACGUGAAUUCACAUCCCCCCAGAGUGCUACUGUCAGCCUCUAUGUAAUAGUUGUACUACAGAAGCCAAGUCUUUUCCUAGAAACCAGCAGAGAGGUUUCUUGGGGUCAGUCUGCCCAGAUGAGGUGCUCCAUCUCUACACAGCACCUGGGUGGCACAUUCACCCUACAGCAGCUCUCUGGGUCAUUUACAGAGACAAAGAGAGACACUGGAGACAAUGGAACCUUGGCCCUCUUCACCAUUCCUCAAGUGGACUUUAUCCACAAAGGAGCCUACUACUGCCGGUAUCAAACAAGGGUUUCCAGUCGUGAAUUCACAUCCCCCCAAAGUGCUACUGUCAGCCUCUCUGUAAUAGUUGUACUACAGAAGCCAAGUCUUUCACUGGAAACCAGUAAAGAGGUUUCUUGGGGUCAGUCUGUCCAGAUGAGGUGCUCCAUCUCUACACAGCACCUGGGUGGUACAUUCACCCUACAGCAGCUCUCUGGGUCACUUAGAGAACUAAACAGCUUCUAUCAAAACUCUGCCCUCUUCACCAUUCCUCAAGUGGACUUUAUCCAUGAAGGAGCCUACUACUGCCAGUAUCAAACAAGGGUUUCCAGUCGUGAAUUCACAUCCCCGCAAAGUGAUACUGUCAGGCUCUCCGUAAUAGUGGUGCUUGUGCAGCCCAACAUCUCUCUCAGUGCCCCAGAUGGAGGGCUGUUCUGGGGGCCUCAGGGGCCAGAGGUGACCAGGGGCCACAGCCUCUCCCUCAUCUGCUCUACUGAGCCACAGCACCAAGGAGGCUCCUUCCACCUCUUCUUUGAUGGGUCUAACAGGACCAGGACUCAGCUCGCCAUCAACCACUCAGCCUCCUUCUACAUUCCUGAGGCAGACUACUCCCACCAGGGCAACUACAGCUGUGUCUAUGAGGUCACUGUGUCCAGCCACACCUUCAAUUCAACACAGACAGCACCACUGACAGUCAUCGUAAGAGCAUCCCUGGUUCCCAUUGUAGCCGGAGUGACUUCAGUUUUGUUUCUGUUUGUGGUGAUUCCUGUCAUACUCUGUCUGGUGAACAAAAAGUGCUUGACCAACAUGCCCCAGGGGAACAGUGGCCCACAAUGCUCUGUGAGCACAAUUGGAUUCCACAGCGGACCAGGUGGCUCUAAUGAAGAUAAGAGUAUCUAUAUGAACACAGUUGUGCGUGCUGAGCAGAAGGAUCGUGGUAAAGACUCUGAUGGUGAUAUGGAAGAAGUGUAUGCGAAUGUAGAGAAGAUUCACAACUGCUCAACUGCCAUAUUCAGUGAUGUUGAAGUGGAUGACAUCUACCAGAACUAUUACUGAGAUUGCUAUGUUUUGGAUUUCAUAGUGGCCUUGCAGAUCAAUCAAACCUUGGCAUGUGUGUCUUACAUAGUCUAUUGAAUAUAACAUUCUAAAAUAAUGCUUGCAUGACAUUCACAUCAUCAUAUUAUCACUGCUGGUCUUUGAAUAACAUGUUAGCUAUUGUGUUUUUGCUGUUGACACCGUUCUAGAUGUGUUUGUAUUGGGUAGAGACUACUGCCCCCCCCCCCCCCCUCUGGUUUGCACUGGAAUGAGCUACAUUCUGACUGCACCAAACAAUAAUUUCCACCAACAACACAUACAUAACCAGCAAGGAGCAAUUUGACAAAAUGUUUAUUGAAUUCAUCUUUAAAGUGUCUAAUCAAUCUUCAGAACUCCUCUCAAUCAACAAUUUUUGGUCAUCGAAAAGACCCACAUAACCACUGUAGCACUUAAAACAUCACAGUGUUUUGUUCCC